AUGUUUCGUACAGCCUCCCUUGGGGCAACGAAGGACAGCAGGGCGUCGAGUAGCAAAGGGAGCGGAGAACCAAAAUUGUGGCGUCCGGAAGCACCAUUGCUAGCCAAUCGUCGUGAGGGAACCCGCUGGGUACAGUUUGGUUGGAACACAGAUGCAAUCCAGAAUGGGCAUGCGCUCCAAGCGAGGUCACGAAAUAGGGAUGGUGUGGGUGGAGAGGGGGGGAAGGCGGCGCAUGGAAGUGGGAGGGAGACUGCCUUUCAUCUUCUUGUGGCGCUUUAA